AAUAAAUUUCUGUUUUUACCUUUUUACCAAAUCAAUUGGAAUUCUUGGAAGAUUUCUGGCAUAGCACUUCAUUCAAGGGUGUUCGACCACACCCUUGGUAUUCUUAAUUGGCUCUUGUUCGAUUGGAAAGAGUUAUUUGCGGACGGCAUCGUCAUCGUGAAACCGUUGUUUCGCAUAACUCAACUGCACGUUAAUUUCAGCGGGAGUGCAGUAGACAAGCCAGCUUGGCACACGGGGUGAAAGCCAACGACAGCAUCGGUCAGAUGACAGUGGCUUGCAGCAACUGCUUGAGAGAGACAAAAAAAAAACAGGCCAAGACGUUCCAGCUUCCUUUAGAUUUUCUCUGACCUGUGAAUUUAGACACUGAAAACUAUGGCUUUUUCAAUUGGUAGUUCAAACAGUGACAUGACAAACAUGGCACAAGGAGGGCAGCAGUUUGGAGGAAGGAAAACAAAGCGAGAUGACAUUGCAAGCAGAAACGGACCCCAGGCAUGCAAAAGGGCGGCAUUGGGCACAAUAACGAACACUUCAUCGACAAGAGUACAACCUGCUCGAGCUGCCAAACAAUUUAGGGUUUCUGGGGAGAACUCAUUCCCUGUGUUUCAAGAUGAGAAUGCACACUCAAGGUUACAACAGGGCAAAUCAUUUGUGAUUCCGUCCGCCGCUGCAGCACCAGCCUUUUCCAUUCAUGUGGACACAACAUCAGCGUACGUCCAACCUCCAACUACGUCAACGUCCUGCAAGAGCACAGACAAAGAAAACGAACAUAUACUGUUAGACACUGCUCUGUCACUCCCGGUUCCCCCUCAAGCCCAAAGAAUUCCUCUUAGAAGUUCAGGUCCUGAUGUAGAAGAUAACAAUGUCAGUCUCAUUGAAGAGACAUCGUCAGAGUAUUCACCUAUGCUUCUGGAUACAUCCCUGGAUGCGAAGUGCAUAUCACCUCAGACACUGGUUGCCGAACGUGACUUAUCCUUGGGAGAACCAGAGUAUUCAGAAGAGAUCUAUCAGUACUUGAAGAUGGCAGAGCUGAAGCACAGACCAAAGCAUGGAUAUAUGAGGAAACAACCGGACAUCACGAACAACAUGCGAUGCAUUCUGGUCGACUGGUUGGUCGAGGUAUCUGAAGAAUACCGUCUUCACAACCAAACUCUAUACCUAGCCACAGCGUUCAUCGAUAGGUUCCUAUCGCAGAUGAGCGUACUGAGGGCGAAGCUCCAACUCGUUGGUACUGCAAGCAUGUUUGUAGCAUCUAAAUAUGAAGAGAUCUACCCUCCAGAUGUGAAAGAGUUUGUCUACAUCACCGAUGACACCUACUCCAUCAAGCAGGUCCUACGUAUGGAGCAUCUGAUCCUCAAGGUCUUAUCGUUCGAUCUCGCUGGACCGACAAUCAACUGCUUCUUGCCAAGAUUUCUCAAGGCAGCUCAGGCCAACUCGAAGACAGAACAUCUCACACAGUACCUUGCCGAGUUGACUUUGCAAGAGUAUGACUUCAUCAAGUAUGUCCCGUCAAUGAUCGCUGCUUCAGCUGUAUGCCUUGCCAACCACACAGUCAACAAUGAAGGAUGGACCCCAACGAUGGCGCACUACACUGAUUACCAGCUUUCUGACAUUUAUCCCUGUCUACAAGACCUUCAUCAGCUAUUCAUCAAGGCACCUACCAUGGAUCAGCAAGCCGUCAGAGAAAAAUACAAGUCACAAAAGUACAGCGGAGUUUCUACGACACCAGUCCCCACUACUCUCCCCACUCUAUGAUAAUGGACUCGCAGUGUGCCCUGGAAAAGGGACAAACAGAAGAUAUUUCGAGACUAGAUCAUUUAGACAUUAUCUGUCAUGUAGUCUCAGGGACCAGACUCCCUUUGAAAAGGAUUCCUGAACCUCCAAGGAACAGUACUUUGUCCAAUGAACCAAAGGACAGCACUAGUUGGGUCAUUUGAGAAAAUCCUGUGAUUGGUUACAGUGACCAUGUUCGUUGACCUGUUUUUGCAGUCAUUCUGCAUUUGAAAUCCUUCAAGCUAUCGGAUGUGAUUGAUUAUUUAUAUUUUUAAUACAGGUGUGAUUUUCAAAGUUUAAUUGUUACGCACCUUUUUAACCUUGAACCCAACGUUAUGCACUCUAUCCCCUAUGACAUGACUUUUUUAUCUGUUU